GUGCUCCUCUGGUCCGCAGCACACUAAGGAGACGAACUCCUUAUGGUGUCAACAUGAAGAUUAAAUCUGCCAAGAAGUCUUUGCUAAGCAAAGCAAAGAGAGGAGGGAAACAACACGAUGUGGUCAGAGUUAAAACUGAAUCUGAAUUGGAGCUGCAGGGUGGAGUAGAGGAAGUGUACACUAACAGAGGUGGUCUUAACAUCCAAAUCAAGGAGGAACCACAUUCACAGGAGAUUAGUGAGGAGCACAACAUCGACUCAUCAAGUUGUUUAGACACUAAGCCUGAGACUGUGGCAUCCAGGUCAGAUGCUCACUAUCAACAGGGACCCAUAAAGGAGGAGUGUGACUCUGACCCUCAGCCAGAAUAUGAUUUUACUGAAGCUGCUGUCAAGGAGGAGUCCGAGUUGUGGGUUAAAGAAGAGCGAGACAGUUGGAUUAAAGAAGAGAGAGACCGUGAGCAGGAGGCAUCAGGCAACAUCCAGGAAGAAAAUGGAGAAGAGGUCUGCACAGAGUCAUCGUCUGAUGUCUAUCCAUGUCCUCACUGCACUGUCUCAUUUACUGACUUGGACUUCUUGGAGAAACAUGUCAAAUGGGUCCAUCAGAAACAGUAUCUUGCCAAGCUGAAAAAUUGCCUCUCAAGCCGCACACUUAACCUCAUCCCUAAACACACCUGCACUGUCUGCAGCAGCACCUUUAAAUCUAAAGUACACCUUAGGGUCCAUGUACGUGAAGCCCACCCUUCUGCCCCUCCCCGCAGGCUUUACCCCUGCCCAACCUGUGCACGCAGCUUCCAGUACCUGAAGAAUCUGAAGAAUCACUGUCAGCGCUGGCACACCAUGUCUGUAGUUACCAGAGGAGGACAUCUCAGCUGCGCAGACUGUGGGAAGAGUUUCAAAGCUACGUGGGGUCAAGGGCCUCAUUUGUGUCAUGAACCGCAUAACACAGAAUCGGAGGAUAAGCCGAUCUGUCUGGACAUUGGUGUGCAGUGUUCAGAAUGUGGCAAGAAGAUGGGCACACCUCAAAGCCUGGAGGAUCACAUGCGCACCCACACAGGUGACCGACCGUUUGUCUGCAAGGAUUGUGGCAGGCGAUUCGUGGAGCGCAGCGGUUGGCGGCAACACAUGAAAAUACACACCGGGGAGAAGACGUACAAAUGUCAGGUGUGCGGGAAGGCCUUUUUAAGAUCCCACCACCUCAAGUGCCACUUAACCACACACUCCGGCAAGAAGGAAUAUUCUUGCUCUGAAUGUGGAAAGGAGUUUGGAUUCAAGUCGAGUCUGGAUCUCCACGUGAGAACGCACUCCAGUGAGAAACCCUUCCACUGCAAUGUGUGCGGGAAGAACUUUAACACAAAGAGAAACCUGAGGGUUCACACCAAACUCCACACCAAUGAAAAAGCUCACCAGUGUGGCGACUGUGGCCUGAAGAUCGGAGAUCUCGGGGCUUUGAAAAUACAUCUGCGGACACACACUGGAGAAAGGCCUUACCACUGCACAGUCUGCGGCAAUAGGUUUAUUCGUCUUGCACAUCUGCGAAACCACCAACGCACCCACACUGGUGAGAGACCCUACAAAUGUACUGAAUGCGACAAGAGUUUCACUCAGUCUGGCGACCUGGUGAAGCAUAAGAGGAUACACUCUGGGGAAAAGCCCUUUGAAUGCCCAGACUGCCACAAUCGUUACACUUCGUCUGGUGAUCUUGGCAAGCACAGGAGGAGUCACACCAACCUGCGUCCCUACACAUGUCAAGAAUGUGGGAAAAGCUUUCGCUUGUCAGGCCAUUUGAAAACCCACAUGUUAACUCACACGGGGGAGAAGCCAUAUUCCUGCCCCAACUGCCUCCGCCGGUUUGCUCGCUCUCACCAUCUCUCUGGGCAUGUGGCUAAAUGUCGCUGAGCCUUUUAAUGAGAGGACUGUAAAUAGCCUUGCUGAUUUUGAAGUGGUAACUAUGGGAGCUGUAUAGAGUGUUCUGCUACCCUGGAAAUCCAGAGUUCUCGCGAGAGCACAAUUUGAAUUUGCUCAGCGAGUCACUCAGGCAUUCAGUAACAAUGCUCAUUAACUAUGCCCUUGUAGCCGAGCUGCACCAAUCA